ACAGCCAUGGUUUGUUGGGUAGCUGUUGUCUCCCGCAUCCCCAAUUUGAAUAUAUCUGCCCUCCAAAAAAACAAAAUCUUCCCAGUUUUCACACUUCCAUUAAAUUCCACAUUUCCUCUCCAUUUCUCAUUAUUUCCCUUUCUCUUCCACUUCCACUCUCUUUCUUCUUCUUCUUCUUCUUCUUCUUCUUCUUCUUUGUCCACUUUCUUUCCACCCUUGCUAAGUCACUUUCUUUCUUCCACUUUCUCAGCUCCGUUUUUCUUUUCUUUCUUUCUCGGUAUUCAAACAGUGUUUCUAUUCUCUGGCCCUUUUACGUCCUUUGGUUCUUGCCAGAGUAAAAGGAAAAACAAAACAAAACAAAAAAAAAAAAAAAAAAGAGAGAGAAAAAGAAAAAUGGCGGUCACUUCCAGAGGAAGAAAUACAGAGCUACAGAUCCCCAAGAAAUGGAAAGACAGAGAAACCAGCCCUGAGAGAACAAAAGUUUGGACUGAGCCAAAGCUCAAAACUCAGAGAAAAGUCCCUGUUGUUUACUAUCUGUCCAGGAAUGGUCAGCUUGAACAACCCCAUUUCAUGGAGGUCCCCCUUUCUUCUCCUGAAGGACUCUAUCUCAGAGAUGUCAUUGACCGCUUAAACUUGCUUCGAGGCAACGGCAUGGCUUGCAAGUACUCGUGGUCUUCUAAACGGAGCUACAAAAAUGGUUUCGUCUGGCACGAUUUGUCAGGGAACGAUUUCAUAUACCCAGCGCACGGCCAUGAAUACGUUCUCAAAGGAUCAGAGCUCUUACUCGAUGACGCUUUCAACCCCAAUGCUCUCGCAAUAGCAUCGUCGCGGUCCCUGAUACCUCCACCGGAGACUCAAAAUUCCGGCGAUAAUUCCGACUUUCCGGUGGUCGUGCGGCGAAGAAACCAGUCGUGGAGCUCGAUCGACCUCCAGGAAUACAAAGUUUACAAGACCGAGUCCGUCGGCGAUUCGGCCGGAAAAGCCGCCGCCGACGCUUCGACUCAGACCGACGACAAGAGGCGGCGGCGACGUGCUCUCAGGGAAGAGAAAGAGGAGCGACAACAAGAGGUUCAGGAGGAGAGAGUUCAAAGUACGGAGCUGAGCGGGGACGAGAUUUCGCCACCACCGUUGGAUUCGAGCCCCGAAACCAUCGAAUCGCUGUUGAAGGCAGAUGGACGGCUGGUGCUUCGUGCCCCUGACGGAGGCAACGAGGCGGGUGCGAAUCGGACGGCGGAGAUUUGCACAAGUGGCGGGAGGAUGAAGGCAUCUUCGGUCCUGAUGCAGUUGCUAUCGUGCGGCACGAUCUCGUUCAAGGACUGUGGGGCCACGUACGUCAAGGAUCAAGGGUUGUCUUUGAUCGGGCAGUCCAAGGCUAGGUUGGCACGCGGCGACGGUGCAGGGAACCAGGAAGGGGCUUUGGCGGAAAAUUUAAGUUUGCAGAGGGUAAAAUUGGAAGACAAGGAGUAUUUUAGCGGGAGCUUAAUUGAGACGAAGAAAGAGGAGGUUCCUGCUUUGAAAAGAUCAUCAUCUUACAAUGCUGAUAGGAGUUCAAAGUUGCAAUUUGCAGAAGAAGAAGUAGGAGUUCGAGCGAAAUGCAUACCGAGAAAGCCAAAGGCAUUGCCAACCAAGAAAGAGAGCAACAUCAUCAUCUCCUCUUGUAAUAGCCAAGGAGGGAGCAAAAGGUUCGAGGUUCAACAUCAAAUGUAAGUGGGAAAUGCCAGCAAAAAAUGAAAACCAUAAAUUGAAGUUUGUAAGUGAGAUUGGAAACACAAAAAGAAAAAAAAAAAAAUUGUAAAAAGUUGAUGGUAAAAUUGAAGAAAAGAUUUCUUAUUUGGUGCAUUGCAAGUCACGGCACAGAGAGGAAAGCAAGUACAAAGCAUUGAGGGAGACAAAAAGCGUGAAGUUUAGGGAAUCUUGUAAAGCUCUCUGUCUAUGUGUAUGGAAGAUAGCAAAGGUGGAUAUCGUCCAUUUCAGUUUUGGAGUUUCGAGUUAGGGUCAAUAUAUUUUGGUACUUUGGUGUUAGUGGGGGUGUUGAAUUUGUGCCUUAAUUUUGGUGAUUUGGUGCCAACCCCCAAUAUAUAGCUUAAUGCCUUUAACCCUUUUUUGACUCCAAGGUUUUGACUUUUAAAGCAUGAAAAGGAGAUUUUAUGUUCUUGGAA